CUCGCGCAUUGUAAAUGCGCCAUUAUAGUAAAAAAAGUGCAUAUCGUUUCGACUAAUGUGAGUUUCCGGUGACUCCGAUGAAAUUGAAGGUUGAAAGCAGCGCGAAAUGUCCGGGAUUUAAAAGCAAAAUGUCCGAGAUUUCCGCGGAUUCUACCGUCGAAGAGGAUGAUGAGGAACGAAAAGACUGCAGGCUAAGAAGAAUAGCGAAGGUGUUAUUCUGCUGCUUCAGACGCGAUGACAGGUCAAACUCGAAGAGGAUUGUCGAAUACGACCCCGAAGAGUACGAUUACAUUGUCGAGAAGCUCGUGGUGAAGCGGGUGCCACUCGCGCUCUUCGCGAUCCCAGCUGAUCUGUCACAAAUGUCAAAAUCAGUUAAUCGGCGCGGGCGACCUGGCGAUGAUGCGUCAACGACGCCGGAUGACAUCUCGCAAUCGUCGUCCUUGUCCGCGUCCACGUUUAGCGGAAAUCGCUCUACCGCAAAUGUCAUCGUGCAAGGAACGUGUCUCGCCUCGUCGACGAAGGUUGAUAGAACUGGCUUGGACCGUCAAAUAAAAGUCAAGAAACAGGGAAUCCUGAGCAGAUUCAGUGCUCUGCAUGCGGACUUAAGGAAAGACAGACCAACCAGGAAAUCAUCGAAUUUUUCGGAAAAUAAACAGUCAUUUACCAAGGACAUUUCUAUGGCGUCUAGUACGAGGACUGACAUUUCUUCCAGGACCUCGGCGUCCUCCAUGGUUGUCCAGGACAAUGUUUCAACUCGAGAUAAUUCUCGUCACGAAUCUGCUUUUGAGAGCGAAAGAAAUGACAAAUCACGAGGGAAAAAGGAGGACUUCUUGAGGCAAUCGUGGAAUCUUUCUACCGAGAAAGAUCAGGAGAAAUUCGGCCUUGGACGGAACCGGAGAUACAUAGUUUCCCCGUUUCGAGUGAGACGGGGUUCUCUUGAUCUCACGAAACCGAAAAACAUCACCGGAAAUUUCGGCGUAGACGGGAAAUCGCUGGCAUAUAUUCAAGAAUCCCUCGAGGAUAAAUCUUUGGAAUCAGCGGAGGAUUCGAAAGACCGCAAUUUACAAUCGAACCCAGCAGUCAGGUGGCGAAUCACCAUUAAACGCCGGCGCGCAAACGCGGAUUCUGAGUCGCGUUCUCCAGAAAGGGAAAUGCAUCGGUGAGGAUAUAUCCUCACAUAUGCCGUCAGCUGUCGUUCACCUGCCUCUAUAUUAUGUUCUCGCAUCUGUGGAC